AUGGAUACCUGCGUUGACGACGUGAAGGCUGUCAAAAUGAGUAAAGAGGCUAAAAAACGUCUUCGAAAACAAAUAAAAGUCAGCCACACCUUACUAAAACACGAGGGUAUCCCCACAGCAUCGCAGCCUACCAAGAGUCUGGUGGUGGCCAACGGUGGGUUGGGGAAUGGGGUCAGUCGAGAGCGGUUGUUUGCAGCACUGAAGGAAAUGGGAGAGUUGGAGAAUCUCGCCAUGCCCCCUCACAAACCCUAUGCGUUUGUGACCUACAGGUCAGAGGACGUCGCACAAAAAGCCCAUGCUCGCCUGAACGGUCUUCAGCUGCAGUGUGGUGAGAACAGUGUCACACUAUACCUCACCUAUGUCAACUCAGUAUCCUGUGAAUCAGAGGUCGGUGCUUCCCUGCCAGCGGGCUUAGUGUUGGUGGAGGACUUUGUGUCUCCGGAGGAAGAGGCUGUGCUACUGGCUGCUGUUGACUGGUCCUCCAUGAAUGUUGACGUCACUGCUCAGAAAGCUUUGAAACACAGAAGAGUGAAGCAUUACGGCUAUGAAUUUCGCUAUGAUAACAACAAUGUCGACAAAGACAAACCAUUAUCUGCCGGUAUUCCUGAGGAGUGUGUGCCUAUACUGCAGCGCUGCAUGAGGGACGGGCACAUGGGCACCAUGCCUGACCAGCUGACUGUCAACCAGUACCAGUCAGGGCAGGGUAUCCCUCCUCAUGUGGACACUCACUCUGCCUUUGAGGACACUAUACUCUCCCUCAGCUUAGGAGCCAAGACGGUGAUGGAAUUUCGUCACCCAGACGGUCGUGUGGCUGCCGUGGUGUUACCGGGGCGAAGCCUCCUGGUGAUGGCUGGAGAGAGCAGAUUCCUCUGGACGCAUGGUAUUACCCCGAGGAAGUUUGACACGGUGCCAGCCUGCAACUCGCAAACCCCGACUCUCACAUCCUCUGACAUCAGUAACCAUAGCAACCUCACCCUGAGCAAGAGGGGCACCAGGACCUCGUUCACCUUUCGCAAGAUCAGGCGCUCGCCCUGCCGCUGUGCCUUCCCCUCUGCCUGCGAUAGUCAGGGAGCUCCGUCAGCUCCCACUCCACCUCCACCUUCGCUCCCCCGUUGCCAUGCCGACGCAGCCCGUCUGGAGGAGCUCUACGUGCACCGUGUUUACAACACCAUUGCCUCUCACUUCAGCAGCACGCGCCACUCUCCCUGGCCCCGGGUAUGCCACUUCCUGUCCUCACUCACACCAGGAAGUGUGCUGGCCGACGUGGGCUGUGGCAACGGGAAAUACCUGGGCAUCAACCGGGAAGUGAUCGCGGUGGGUUGUGAUCGUAGCAGUGCCUUAGUCCAGAUCUGCACAGAGAGGGGUUACCAGGCCUUUGUGUCGGACGCGCUCAAUGUCCCGCUGCGAACAGCCACCUGCGACGCCUGCAUAUCUAUAGCUGUCAUACACCACUUUUCUACACAGGAGCGUCGCCUGGCUGCGGUGAGGGAGCUGGUGAGACUUCUAAAGCCAGGAGGCCAGGCUCUCAUCUAUGUAUGGGCCCUUGAGCAAGAAUACAAGCAGAAGAAGUCCAAGUACCUCAAAGACUGCAGCAAAGAGCAUUCUGGGAGCCAGCAGCUCACGGACAGCACAUUAGAAAGGAGCGGGGUGCCGGGUGGGACAGUAAGCGUCCACACCAAUCGCACGCCCUUCAACUCCCAAGAUCUUUUAGUUCCCUGGCAUCUAAAAGAGGGGAAAGCAGCAGGAGUUGGGAAAGCAGCAAACAGUGGGAAGGAGAAAAUGAAAGGGGAAUCUCAAAUGACUUCAGACAAUUCCUCUUCUAGUGCCCAGGUUUCUGCCACUCAUAGCCUCAGUCCUGAUUCCAAGACAAAAUUCAGUCCUGGUUUGGGUUCUAACCAAGACACAAGUCCUCGUCCAGACUCCAUACCAACACCAUGUUCAAAUUCUUUCACUGAUUUUGACUCCAACCAAGUCUCUUGUUCAUGCACAAGUCUGGAUUCAAUUCCUGACACCAGUCUUACACCCAUUUCCGGCCCUCUUUACAAAUCUAAAUCCAGUUCAGGUAGUGAUGCUGUUCAAGCCUCCAGCCCUCAAGAAUCUAAGCCCAAAUCUGGCGCUGAUGGUGGCUCCAACCCAGCGUCGGUGUUCCACCGCUAUUACCAUGUUUUCCAGCAGGGAGAGCUAGAGCAACUUUGUGAUCAGGUGCCUGGAGUUAAAGUGCAGAGCAGCUACCACGACCAGGGCAACUGGUGUGUUAUACUGGUGAAGGACAGAGAGACAUGUAAUGAAUACGCACACACAUACUAUGAAACUGGUAUAUAAUAUUGGACAAUUACAAAAAAAAGCCCUUCA